UUAGAUUGCGCGCAGUGUGAAAUCUGAGAGAAAAUAGAAAAACAACAGACAAGAGAGAGAGAGAGCGUGCAACGGUCAGAAGCAUCUAAUCAUUCUUGCUCUGCUCUGCACGAGAGAAAACUCAUACCCAUCAAACCCCUCUCUCUCUCUCUUCUCUCUCUCUCCUUUUGGACCUUUUCCUCGGUUUUCGAAUUUUUAUUUUUGUGGAAAAUGAGAGAUAAAGCCGAAUAAUAGGAAAGGAACUCCCAAAUGCCUUUUCUUCCGCCUCCUUUUUGAGCUUCAAAACAAUGGCCGACGGUCUUUGUUCCUUCACCAAGGAUAUUUUUGUCAUAAAGGUACCCAAGAAAUCCCCAUUGGUGCUGAGGAUGAUCGUCUUGGUCUUUGCAAUGGUGUGUGGCGUCUAUAUAUGCUCUAUUUGUCUAAAGCAAAUUAGCACACACAGCAAGGCCGGAUAUCUACAUGUUCAAGUGAUCCAAAAGCCAUGCCCAGAACCUCAAAUCGAACCCUGGGAAAUUCCUUAUGUUCACUACCCUAAACCUAAAACUUAUAGCAGGGCUGAAUGUGCAUGUAAUCCAGUGCGCUAUUUCGCCAUUUUGUCGAUGCAGAGAUCCGGGAGUGGAUGGUUUGAGACAUUGUUAAACAAUCAUACUAACAUAAGCUCCAAUGGGGAGAUUUUCUCUGUUAAAGUUAGGAGAAGCAAUACUUCAACCAUCGGUGAGACUUUGGAUAAAAUUUACCGUCUUGACUGGCUCAGUAGUGCCUCAAAGAAUGAAUGUACAGCUGCAGUUGGCUUAAAGUGGAUGCUUAAUCAGGGUCUGAUGCAGCAUCAUGCAGACAUUGUAGAGUACUUCAAUACUCGGGGAGUUUCAGUUAUAUUUCUCUUCCGAAGGAAUCUUUUACGUAGAAUGAUAUCGGUUCUGGCAAAUUCAUAUGAUCGAGAUGUGAAGCUAUUAAAUGGAACCCACAAAUCUCAUGUGCAUUCACCCCAUGAGGCAGAAAUACUUGCAAACUACAAGCCUAUAAUCAAUGCAACAUUGCUGAUACCCAAUUUGAAGCAAGUAGAAGAAACCACUGCCAAAGCGUUAGAGUAUUUUAAGAGCACCCGGCACAUCAUUCUAUACUACGAGGACGUAGUCAAGAACCACACUAAGUUAAUAGAUGUUCAACAUUUCUUGAAGGUUCCACUUAGAGAAUUAAAGAGUCGUCAGGUGAAGAUACACAAAGGUUCUCUAUCUAGUCAGAUUAAGAAUUGGGAUGAUGUCCAAAAGACACUCAAGGGAACUCAUUUCGAAAAUUUCCUACAUUCAGAUUAUAGAAAGUAAUGCAGGGAUGAUGUAUAUAUUCCAUUCUACGAUCUUUAACCCGUUUUUGUUUUCAUCCUUUCAUUUUUUUUAGCCGCAGGAGCCAACAGGAUGCCACCUGUUGAAAUUUUGGCCGGGGCAUUUGCAUUUUGCUUUCAGCUUCUUUGUGUUUCUGGUUCCAACUAAUAUUCUUUUGAUUCUUUUUUCCCCCUCCUCCCUUCUUGGAUAAACAUAGAGUUGUAUUUGAGCUAAUCAUGGAAGAAAAAUGCUCCUUCGCUGAUGAAAAUUUUGGGUACUUGUAGACGUAAAUGUUUGUGUACAUGUGAGGAAAGUUGCAUAUAGUUUGGUUGGCAAGUGGUAAUUUGUUUCCUUA